GCUAACGUACACCUACUAGCAACAACACCAACGAAGAAGUGACAACAGGAACCCGAAGCAGGAAGUGUUUGUCAACACGUCUGCCGCCCGAUGAGAUAAUCAUUUAGCAUAAUUUCUAACACGUUUUACGGUCAAACAGGGUCCUAAGUGACCCGUUACGAUGAGUUCGGCUCUCUGAAGAACCUCCAGCAGAACUUCACGGGACAGAACGGUUCAACAUGGCGGCGGUAGACGUGGAGGAUGAGAGUAUCCUGGCGUCCAUCUUUAAGGACAGUUUCCCGGACAGCUGGAGGGACAACCCUGACUUCUCCUUCUACCUGUCCGAGCUCAGCUCCUUCGGGGUGGAGAAGCUAAGUCGGGAGCCGGAGCGGCUGGCGGAGGAGCGGGCUCAGAUCCUGCAGCAGACCCGAGAACUAGCUUUCUCCAACUACCAGACCUUCAUCAGAACCGCAGACUGCACCGAGCACAUCUACCGGGACUUCGGCCGCGUGGAGAGCAGCGUGUCCCUGCUGCUGGACAAGCUGCCCGGCUUCAGGGAGAGAUGCAGGGGCUUCAUGAAGGAGGCGGAGCAGAUCGGAGCCAGCCGGCGGAUGAACAGCCUCACGUUGAACCGGCACACGGAGAUCCUGGAGAUCCUGGAGAUCCCUCAGCUCAUGGACACCUGUGUGCGUAACGGCUACUACGAGGAAGCUCUGGAGCUGGCAGGCUACGCCAAGCGGCUGGAGAAGAAGCACUCGUCCCUCCCCGUCAUCCAGGCCAUCGUUGCUGAGGUGCGUCAGUCUGCACAGCUGAUGCUCAAUCAGCUGCUGCAGCAGCUCCGCAGUAACUCUCAGCUCCCCGCCUGCCUGCGUGUGAUUGGCUACCUGCGGAGGAUGGACGUGUUCACGGAGGCGGAGCUUAGGGUUAAGUUCCUGCAGGCCCGAGGCUCCUGGCUCCAGUCCAUCCUCGCCGCCGUCCCAGAGGACGACCCCUACUUCCACAUCACCAAAACCAUCGAGGCCUGUCGGGUCCACCUGUUCGACAUCAUCACGCAGUACAGAGCCAUCUUCUCUGACGAGGACCCGCUGCCCCCCCCUGCUGACGGACAAGCGCCGCUCAACGAGGCCGCCAUCUUCCACGGUUGGGUGGUGCAGAAGGUGGCCGAGUUCCUGCAGACUCUAGAGAGGGACCUGCAGAGGGGUGUGGGGGGGCGCCUUGACUCUCUGCUUGGUCAGUGCAUGUACUUCGGCCUGUCCUUCAGCAGGGUGGGGGCCGACUUCCGCGGCCAGCUGGCGCCGAUGUUCCAGCAAGUAGCGGGGGAGACGUUCGGCCGAGCCGUGCAGGAGGCGGCGGCCAAGUUCCAGGAGGACAUGAACCUCUACACGCUGAUCUCCCUGCCCUCGGUGCUGGGGGGCACUGGGCCCCACAUGGCGCCCGCCUCUCAGCCCGGAGCCCUGCAGCCCCCCAUGGUUCUACUGGACUUCCAGCCGCUGGCCUGCUUCCUCAACAACGUGCUGACGGCCUUCAACGACCUGCGGCUCUGCUGCCCCGUGGGCCUGGCUCACCACGUGGCCUCCUGCCUGCAGGACGCACUAAACACGGUGAGCCGUCAGAUCGUAGCGUUCCACCGGGCCGAGGAGUCGGCCUUCAGCAGCAGAGAGAAGCAGCUGUUUGUUCUCUUCUGCUCUUCAUACGCCGAGCAGCUGCUGCCCUUCCUCAACCGCUGCCUGAAGCUGCUGUUUCCUCCAGAGCAGCUGGCCCUGGUCCUCGGGGUCUCUCCCACUCAGCUGCACCGGUUCGGCUCUUUGGGCUCCAUCGACCUCGCCGCCGUCCUCCUGCCUCUGGACUUCCUGCUGCCUCAGAGGGAGACGGAGACCCACGUCACCUCCCAACUGAGCUUGGAGGACCAAAUCCAGAACCUUACGCCCAACCCAGGGUCCACCUCAGAGGAACCAGAAGAAGAGGCAGGCGCCGACGAGGACUUGUCUGUGAAGUGAUGCUCCUUAAGGGAGUCCAGACUCUCGUCUUAUGAUCACAGAAUGAAGACCUACAAGUUAUCA